AUGCGUUGUCAACUCCUCCUCGCAGCCGUUAUUGGCUCAACUCUUGCUCUCCCCAUUACAGAUUCGAACGCCGCGAGUAUUGCCGAUCGUGCAGAGUCUGUUGGAGACACAGCACUUGGGAAUUAUUACGAGAAGAUCGCCGUCUCAGCCGCUGAGAAACGCGAAAAGUCUCAUGAGAAAACCGGCAAUGAACGCGCUCGAUUGACAAGCUUGCCAGCCGGAAAGAGAGAGGAGCUAGCUGAGGAUGCAGCACUUGGAGGCUACACUGGGCGACUUGCUGUCUCGGCCACUGGGAAACGCGCCCAGUCUCAUGAGAGCGCUGGCAACGAACGUAUUCGAAUGACAAGCUCGCCAACUGGAAAGAGGUGGGAGUCUGUCGGAGAUGUAGCAAUUGGGGACUACUACGAGCGAAAUGCAGUCUCAGCUGCUGAAAAACGCGCUGACUCUCAUGAAAGCACUGGCAGUGAGCGUGGUCGAUACACGAGCUCGCCGACCGGAAAGAGGGAGGAGUCAGUCGGUGAUGUUGUACUCGGAAACCACUUCGAGAACCAGCGACUCUCUGACUUCAAUGAGAAGAGGGACGAGUCAGGUGGAGAUGUAGCACUUGGAGACUACUAUGAAAGUCAGAGACUGUCUGACUCCAAGUAG